GAGAAGACUGGCAGGAUCCUCACUCCUACCUCUACCCACAGCCAGUGCCUUUGGCUCACUGAGGUGCACAGGGUCCCUCAGCCGGGCGCAGGGCGUGCAGCCCAGGCUGAGAUCCGCGGCUUCCGUAGAAGUGAGCAUGGCUGGGCAGCGGGUGCUGCUUCUAGUGGGCUUCCUUCUCCCUGGGGUCCUGCUCUCAGAGGCUGCCAAAAUCCUGACAAUAUCUACAGUAGGUGGAAGCCAUUAUCUACUGAUGGACCGGGUUUCUCAGAUUCUUCAAGAUCACGGUCAUAAUGUCACCAUGCUUAACCACAAAAGAGGUCCUUUUAUGCCAGAUUUUAAAAAGGAAGAAAAAUCAUAUCAAGUUAUCAGUUGGCUUGCACCUGAAGAUCAUCAAAGAGAAUUUAAGAAGAGUUUUGAUUUCUUUCUGGAAGAAACUUUAGGUGGCAGAGGAAAAUUUGAAAACUUAUUAAAUGUUCUAGAAUACUUGGCGUUGCAGUGCAGUCAUUUUUUAAGGAGAAAGGAUAUCAUGGAUUCCUUAAAGAAUGAGAACUUCGACAUGGUUAUAGUUGAAACUUUUGACUACUGUCCUUUCCUGAUUGCUGAGAAGCUCGGGAAGCCAUUUGUGGCCAUUCUUUCCACUUCAUUCGGCUCUUUGGAAUUUGGGCUACCAAUCCCCUUGUCUUAUGUUCCAGUAUUCCGUUCCUUGCUGACUGAUCACAUGGACUUCUGGGGCCGAGUGAAGAAUUUUCUGAUGUUCUUUAGUUUCUGCAGGAGGCAAUGGCACAUGCAAUCUACAUUUGACAACACCAUCAAGGAGCAUUUCACAGAAGGCUCUAGGCCAGUUUUGUCUCAUCUUCUACUGAAAGCAGAGUUGUGGUUCAUUAACUCUGACUUUGCCUUUGAUUUUGCUCGACCUCUGCUUCCCAACACUGUUUAUGUUGGAGGCUUGAUGGAAAAACCUAUUAAACCAGUACCACAAGACUUGGAGAACUUCAUUGCCAAGUUUGGGGACUCUGGUUUUGUCCUUGUGACCUUGGGCUCCAUGGUGAACACCUGUCAGAAUCCAGAAAUCUUCAAGGAGAUGAACAAUGCCUUUGCCCACCUACCCCAAGGGGUGAUAUGGAAGUGUCAGUGUUCUCAUUGGCCCAAAGAUGUCCACCUGGCUGCAAAUGUGAAAAUUGUGGACUGGCUUCCUCAGAGUGACCUCCUGGCUCACCCAAGCAUCCGUCUGUUUGUCACCCACGGUGGGCAGAAUAGCAUAAUGGAGGCCAUCCAGCAUGGUGUGCCCAUGGUGGGGAUCCCUCUCUUUGGAGACCAGCCUGAAAACAUGGUCCGAGUAGAAGCCAAAAAGUUUGGUGUCUCUAUUCAGUUAAAGAAGCUCAAAGCAGAGACAUUGGCUCUUAAGAUGAAACAAAUCAUAGAAGACAAGAGAUACAAGUCCGCGGCAGUGGCUGCCAGCGUCAUCCUGCGCUCCCACCCACUCAGCCCCACACAGCGGCUGGUGGGCUGGAUUGACCACGUCCUCCAGACAGGGGGGGCGAUGCACCUCAAGCCUUAUGUCUUCCAGCAGCCCUGGCAUGAGCAGUACCUGCUCGACGUUUUUGUGUUUCUGCUGGGGCUCACUCUGGGGACUCUAUGGCUUUGUGGGAAGUUGCUGGGCAUGGCUGUCUGGUGGCUGCGUGGGGCCAGAAAGGUAAAGGAGACAUAA